UUUUCCACAGUUUUCUCGGGAGCCAAACAGGAGUUAAGAAAGAUAUCAGCAAAGAAAGUGAAGAAUUGGAAAGGCAGAGCACAGUUGGAAAAUGGGCACAGUGGUUUCAUGGAAACAGCUUCUUCUCAGAGCUUUGGACUCCAACUCCAGCCUCAAGCACUCUUCUUAUUUCCAGCUUGCCACUGUUGGAUCCAGUGGGCGACCUUCCAAUCGCACAGUCGUUUUCAGAGGGUUUCAAGGGGAUUCUGAUAAGAUACAGAUCAACACUGAUGGCCGCACUCGCAAGAUUGAAGAGCUUAAGCAUUGCCCAUUUUCCGAGAUAUGUUGGUAUUUUACUGACUCUUGGGAGCAAUUCCGGAUCAAUGGAAGGGUUGAUGUUAUUGAUGGAUCGGAUCCUGAUCCCAUGAAGCUUCAGGAAAGAGAGAAUGCCUGGUUUGCUAGUUCUCUGAAAUCAAGAUUGCAGUACUUGGGUCCUAAUCCAGGUCUUCCCUGUCUAAGUGAACAACCAGCCCAGGAGUGUUCUCCGGAUCCUUCCACUGGCCCAGUUGCUGCAUUUUGUCUGCUGAUUUUGGAUCCAGAUCAGGUUGAUUACCUGAAUUUGAAGAAUAAUGAGAGGCUAACAUUUACAUCCAGCAAAAAUGUGGAUGGAGUGAAGUGUUGGAAUUCAGAGAAAAUCAACCCGUAAUCUUUGUUUUGUAUAUUAAGAUUUACUGUGGAAAUACAUUGUCAUUUCAGUACAUUUAUUGAAUUAUUAUUGAAUGGCUAAUGUGAAAAUUACUAAUUCAUGUCCUCUUUGAUUGAGCUGAAGAGUUUUUUCAAGUAGAAUAGAGGAAAAUUAUAUUCUUGAAUGUGCAAAUAUGCCAUUUGGACA